AUGUCUCACCUCGGACUCGUCUACUUCAUCUUCACUGUCGGGGUGGAGGUCGAGAAGAACGUGAUCAAGCGCAAGGGUGCCAAGGCCUUGGCCUUCGCUGCCGGUUGCAUGGUGCCCUCGUUCGCCAUCGGCUCGCUCUCGGGCAUCUUCAUCCACCGUCGCCUCCAAGAGGCCACGAACGAGGCCGCCUUCAUCACCUUCCUCGGGUUCACCCUCUCCAUCAACUCGUUCUCCGUCCUCGCCCGCGUCCUAGCCGAGCAGAAGCUGGUCGGCUCUGAGAUCGGGCGGCUCGCACUGUCGUCGGCCAUGCUCAGCGACAUUUGUGCGUGGAUCUUGCUGGCCUUCUCCAUAGGGCUGGCGCAGAGCGACGGAGACUUGCUGUCGUCGCUGUGGACGGUGCUGUCCGGGAUAACGCUCUUGCUCUUCAGCUAUGCGGUGUUGAAGCCUGGUGUGCUCUGGGUGCAACGGCGGACGCCGGAAGGCGAGGAUCUGGACGAAAUUUACGCGUGUGUGCUCCUCGUGGGGGUGAUGGUGUGGGCUUUCAUCGCCGACGCCCUGGGGACGCACGCCAUCUUCGGGGCUUUCGUGUUCGGGUUGUCGGUGCCCAAUGGACCGCUGGGGGAGGCGCUCAUUGAGAAGGUGGAGGAUUUCGUGGCCGGCAUACUGAUGCCACUUUUCUUCGUGAUCAGCGGGCUGAGGACGGAUGUCUACAGCAUCAAGGACCCAGGGUCGACCGUCUUGCUGAUAAUAGUGGUGUUGGCCGGCGCCGCGUCGAAGGUGGCCAGCGGUGCGUUUCUGGCUGCCACGUAUAGGAUGCCUCUCCACGAAGGAAUGUCGUUGGGUAUCCUCAUGAAUACCAAAGGUCUUGUCGACGUGAUUAUCCUCAACAUCGGCAGAAGUAAGAUGAUCCUGGGCAAUCAAUCAUUCACAAUCCUGGUCGUCAUGUCGGUGGUGGUGACAACUCUGGUGAGCCCGCUCCUCAAAGCCGUGGUGAGGCCAUCGAAGCGCCUGGUGUUCUAUAAGCGUCGCACCAUCUGGUGGCCCAACCCGGACUCGGAGCUUCGCCUGCUCACCUGCGUCCAUGUCCCCCGGCAGGUACCCGGUCUCAUCGCUCUCCUCGACAUAUCGCACCCCACGAAGCGCUCCCCUAUAUUCGUCUACGCCCUCCACCUCAUUGAGCUCACAGGAAGGACCUCCGCUAUACUCCUCAACGCCACCCCGGCCGACGCCUCUCCCAGCGGUAACCAGCACGCCCACGGCCACGGCCACGGCCGCAUACAGGCCCAGUCCGAUCACAUCUUCCACGCCUUCGAGUCCUACGACCAGUACGCAGGCGGCGUGUCCAUCCAGUUCCUCACUGCCAUCUCCCCUUACGCCACCAUGCACGAGGACGUCAUCUCCGCGGCCGAGGACCGACACGCCGCUCUCAUUCUCCUGCCUUUCCACAAGCACCACACCGUCGACGGCGGCAUGCGCCCUAAUCACCCGGCCUGCCGAGCCAUCAACCAGAGUGUCCUCUCGGCUGCGCCAUGCUCCGUCGGCAUCCUCAUCGACCGCGGCCUGGGAAGCCAUCGCGCCACGCGUCGCAUCACACUGUUCUUCUUCGGUGGGCCGGACGACCGGGAGGCACUGGCGCUAGCGUCGCGCAUGGCCGGGCACCCCGCCAUCAACGUGACCGUGCUGCGCUUCGUGCACGCGGCCAGGGCCCACUCGCAGAGUGGAUCGCCCAAGACAGAAAGGGUGGUGACGGUGGCGGGGGAGGACGAGGAGAGGGAUUGGAGGAUCGACGAGGAGUGCGUGGGGGAGUUCCGGGAAAGGUGGGGAGGAGGGAUAGCGGAGUACGAGGAGCGAGUGGUGAGCAACGCGGAGGAAACGGUGGCGGUGAUAAGAGGGGUGGAUGGGAUACAAGACAUGUACGUGGUGGGGAGGGGACACGGGAAGGAGUCGCCUCUCACGGCGGGGCUGACGGACUGGAGCGAGUGCCCUGAGCUCGGGCCAAUCGGGGACCUGUUGGCAUCGCCAGACUUCGGGACGACGGCUUCGGUGCUCGUGCUGCAGCAGGGCAAGGGAGGGGCGCCCGCCGACGCCAUGAUGGAGCCAAAGGGGCGCGUCUACAUGAACAAGGCCGAUCACCACCGUGCUAGUAAACAGAUACCUGGUACCAGAGUGUGA